AUGAUUAGAACGAUAAAACCAAAGAAUGCACGUUCCAAAAGAGCAUUAGCUAAAAAAGAAGCGAAAUUAGUAGAAAAUACAAAAUCAGCAUUAUUUGUACCAGGAUCAACAGGAAAUAAGUUAUUACAUGAUAUAAUGUGUGAUUUAAUGGCUAUAAAAAAACCAUUUGCUAAAAAAUUUUCCAAAAAGAAUGAAAUAAGACCAUUUGAAGAUUCAUCAGAAUUAGAAUUUUUUGCUGAAAGGAAUGAUGCAUCACUAAUGGUAUUCUCAUCAAACAAUAAGAAAAGACCAAAUACUUUAAUAUUCACGAGAUUUUUUAACCAUAAAGUAUAUGAUAUGAUUGAAUUAAUGAUCAUUAACCAUAAAUUAAUCCAAGAUUUUAAAAAAUUAACAUUCACAAUAGGUUUAAAACCAAUGUUUGUAUUUAAUGGACCAGCAUUUGAUAAUCAUCCAGUAUAUCAACAAAUAAAAUCAUUAUUUUUAGAUUUUUACAGAGGUGAAGAAACAGAUCUACAAGAUGUUGCAGGUUUACAAUAUAUAAUUUCAAUAAGUACAGGAGAAAUUGAAGAUUUAAAUAAUGAUAAAAAUUUACCACAAGUUAAUUUCAGAGUAUACAAAUUAAAAACUUUUAAAUCAGGUCAAAAAUUACCAAGAGUUGAACUUGAAGAAAUUGGACCAAGAAUUGAUUUCAAAAUAGGAAGAAGAAUAACUCCUGCACCAGAAGUUGAAAAAGAUGCUUAUAGAAAACCAAAACAAUUACAACCAAAAGAAAAGAAAAAUAUUUCAACUGAUUUUAUGGGUGAUAAAGUUGCUCAAGUCCAUGUUGGUAAACAAGAUUUAAGUAAAUUACAAACUAGAAAAAUGAAAGGAUUAAAAGAAAAAUUUGAUCAAAUUAGUGAAGAUGAAGAUGAAGAAGAUGAUGUAUAUGUUUCUGAUGAAGAAUAUUUUGCUGAUGAAGUUGAAGAUGAACCACAACAAAAGAAACAAAGAAGAUAA